GGCUCCCGCCCAGGAGGCGGGCAGGCGCCGCAGAGCGCGGGAGAGAAGGAGUUAAACAAGGAAUGACUCUUAAGGAGGGUUGAGGAUGGAAGACAGGAAGCGAAUGGCUGCCCAGGUAUUGCCUGUUCCCUGCUCGCUGCCUAGGCUGUGAUGGACCACUGCUGGGAGUGGACAGGCGUGGCUGGCUGUGGCAUCAUCGAGGAUGCUGUUUCCCUGUUUCUCCUUCUCCCUCCACCCUAAGUGUAGCCCAAGACCCAGAGCCUGGUGUCUCUACUCUCCCCAAAAGAGCUCAGAACUGGGCCGGUGAAGCCCUGCUCUGGUGCCAUGCUCUCAGCACUGCCUCUGGCUUGGGGCUUGUCACCUCCCUGUUCUGGACCAGAGAUUAGGGCCAGAGAGUGUGGGGAGACUCUGGUGGGGAGGAGGGAAAGACCCCCAAAUACCUAAACCAGUCUCACCUAUCCCAUCCUAGUGGUGGAAAUCCAGGCCUCCAAAGGUGGGCUUCAAUCCUUGAGGGAUGGCAUUUUCUGGUUCCAGAGGCCACCUCAAGCCUCAGCCCACCUAUGGGGAUACUGAGAGGCAGGACUUCCAGAUGUAGGUCCCUCCAUGCCUGAAAGGCACAGACCUACCGACAUUUUAAUCCUGGAGUCUUAGAAUGGUAAAUCUGGAUCCCUUCAGGUUAUAAAUGCAGACACUGAAACCCAGGCAAGGGCAGUCCCUUCUUCCUCCAGGGUCACUCUGACUCGAUGAUCUAGGACCCAGUUUCUAGACUCUGUUCUCAAGCCCUCAAAGAAUGACACAACAUGACUCCAGCACCGAGUAAGUGCAGGGUCCUGUGGCGGAUGCUAGCAGUGCAAAGACAACUGCCCUUAAGAGCUUCUGGUCAAACAGGCCUGGCGAUCGAGCGAGAGCGGCACGGGCGGGACUCAGGCGAGAUCCGGAGGCUCCUCAAUUCUUUGGAGGUCAAACAGGACGAGUACGCCAGGAGCAUGAUCCUGCACAGUAUCACGCGCUGUGUGUACCUGCUGGAGGCUGAGGCCUCUGCUUGUACAACUGAUGACAUCACUUUGGUGGGCUACAUGCUGGAUGACAAGGACAACAGUGUCAAAAUCCAAGCUCUGAAUACACUUAAAGCUUUCUCAGGCAUCCGAAAAUUCAGGCUCAAAAUCCAGGAGCACUCCAUCAAAGUACUUGAACUCAUCUCCACCAUCUGGGACACGGAGCUGCACGUUGCAGGCCUCAGACUCCUCAACAACCUGCCGCUGCCUGACUAUGUGCAUCCGCAGCUGCGACGGGUGAUGCCUGCCUUGAUGGAGAUCCUGCAGUCAGACUACAUCCUGGCACAGGUGCAAGCCAUACGCCUGCUGAGCUACCUGGCACAGAAGAAUGACCUUCUCUAUGACAUUCUCAACUGCCAGGUUCACUCUGACUUCCUAAACCUGUUCCAGUCCACACAGCCAGGGAGUCUCCUGUUCGAGGUACUGGUGUUUGCUGAGCGGCUGAGUGAGGGUCGGAAUGCACCCCACUACCGCGCUGUCAAGUGGCAUUACAAUGAGCAGUCCCUGCACGAGUCCCUCUUUGGAGAAGACUCACGACUGGCAGACCGACUGCUUGCCCUGGUCAUCCACCCUGAGGAGGAUGUGCAGAUCCAGGCCUGCAAGGUCAUAGUCAGCCUGCAGUGCCCCCAGGACUUGGGAGUCCGGUCCUCCUCCUGCCAGCCCAGUCGUUCCUACUUUUAAAAUGGCGAAUAAAAUUAAGGAGAGCCAAUAAAUGAGUAUGGGAAAGAAGCAUGA